AGGAGGACUGUCGCCCUUCGGUCCAGCCAUCCGACGGGGCGGCCACUGGCCUCCCCGGCCGGACCUCUCCCCAGCCGCCCGCCAUGGCAUCGGAGGGGCGGCGGGAGCCCGCGGCCGAGAGCAUCAAGUUGUCAGCAGAUGUCAGACCAUUUGUCCCCAAAUUUGCUGGGCUCAAUGUGGGAUGGUCAGAGUCUUCAGAAGCACGGGUUUUCCCCAGCUGUGCAGCCACCUCGUACUAUCCGUGUGUCCAAGAACUAGCAGUGCCUGAACAGAAACUCUAUACUGAUGAUAUGGCUUUUGGAGCUUCAGCUUUUCCAUCUCAAUAUUUCUCUGCUGAGAUCCCUCUUCAUCCAUAUGCCUACUCUCCCUACACCCUGCAGUCACCACAAAAUGUUUGCCCAGUGCCUGGCUCCCCAUAUGAUGACAACCAACCCAGUUGUUUUGGAGGUUUUCAAAGAGUGGAGCCACGAAGUGAGCACACGUGCCCUCUCCCACAAGACACAAAAGCUGUGUUUAAGAAGAAAACCUAUGAUGAACAAAAGUUUGACAGUAAGAAGACUGAUGGACCUGUAUCAUCUGAUUUAAAAUCAGUCAAAGGUUCACCUCAUGUGUCCAUUCAUGCUGAGAAUAGUUUGAAAUCAGAUGGUUAUUAUAAACGAACAGACAGGAAAUCCAGAAUCAUUGAAAAGAGUGGAUCUGCCUCCAAACCUGAGUUUGGAUUUACCAGGUUGGAUUUUCCUGAACUGCAGAGUCUAGAGAACAGUGAGAUACCAAAGAUACAAAAGCAGCCCAAGUGGGGGCCUUUACGCUCCACCUCUACUGACAUUUCUCUUCUCAGAGAGAUGGGGACACCCUCUGCAGGGUUAUCAGAGGGUGAAAUAGUGGUGAAAAAUAAUAAUCGGACUGAGUCUGUAACCGAUAAUGCUGUUACCAGUCCCUCUUCAUGUACAAGAGAAUUAUCUUGGACACCAAUGGGUUAUGUUGUUCGGCAGACAUUAUCUACAGAACUGUCACCUGCCCCUAAAAAUGUUACUUCCAUGAUAAACCUAAAGAUGGUUGCUUCACCAGCAGAUCCUAAAAAUGAUAGUAUGCCAUCUUCUGAAGUUUUAUCUUUGGAGCCUCCCUACAAAGAGAAACACGUUGUCCAUCUUACUGAAAAGUCCAAAGCAACACAAGGUGGCAAUCCUGAGCAAAAUGAAGCCUCAAGAAAGAAUAAGAAAAAGAAAGAAAAAUCUAAAUCAAAAUAUGAAGUCCUGACAGUUCAAGAGCCACCAAGGAUCGAAGAUGCCGAGGAAUUUCCCAAUCUGGCAGUUGCAUCUGAAAGAAGAGACAGAGUAGAGUCACCGAAAUUUCAGUCUAAACAGCAGCCACAGAAUAAUUUUAAAAGUAGUAGAAAGAAAAGCCAGAUUCCAGUACAGUUGGAUUUGGGAGGAAUGCUAACCGCACUGGAAAAGCAGCAGCACUCCCCGAAUGCAAAGCAGUCCUCCAAACCAGUGGUGUUCUCAGUUGGGGCAGUGCCUGUCCUCUCCAAAGACUCCAUGUCAGGGAAGAAGGGCCACCGCCUUGCCCAGGUGAAGACCCCGCACAACCCGUUAGACUCCACCUCCCCCAUGACGAAGAAAGGAAAGCAGAGGGAGGUCCCCAAGGCCAAGAAGCCAACCCCGUUGAAGAAGAUUAUUUUGAAAGAACGGCAAGAGAGAAAGCAGCAGCGUCUCCAAGAAAAUGCUCUGAGCCCAGCUUUUCCCAGUGACGAUGUGCAGGAUGUGCAAGAUGAAGAGAGCGGCGGUGACGACCAGCUCCUCAGGCCGCCUGUCGUGUUAGGGGAAGUGAAAGAGUCCGUGUCCUGUGUUCCUGUGGCAGAGAGCAAGUCAGAGGAGCAGCCGGGAGCUGAGCCCCAGAAGGAGACGGAGGCCUGCCCCAAGAUCCACAGCCGGCGGUUCCGGGACUACUGCAGCCAAAUGCUCAGUAAAGAAGUUGACGCCUGUGUUACGGACCUGCUGAAAGAGCUGGUGCGUUUCCAAGAUCGUAUGUACCAGAAAGAUCCAGUCAAGGCUAAGGCCAAACGCCGACUUGUGCUGGGGCUGAGGGAAGUCCUCAAACAUCUGAAGCUCAGAAAGUUGAAAUGCAUCAUCAUCUCUCCAAACUGUGAGAAGAUACAGUCGAAAGGUGGGCUAGACGACACCCUGCACACCAUCAUUGACUACGCCUGUGACCAGAACAUCCCCUUUGUGUUUGCUCUCAACCGCAAAGCUCUGGGGCGCAGCCUGAACAAGGCUGUUCCCGUCAGCGUGGUGGGCAUCUUCAGCUACGACGGGGCCCAGGACCAGUUCCACAAGAUGGUGGAGCUGACGAUGGCGGCCCGGCAGGCCUAUAGGACUAUGCUGGAGAACGCACGCCAGGAGCCGUUGGGUGAGCUCGGGCCCUGCGCCCCCGCCAACCCACCCAGUCAGGGCCCCAGCUGCCCUGUGGAGGACAGCCCCCUGGCCCCCGCUGGAACAGAGGAGCCACCCUACAUUCAAGUCUGGAGAAACCAUGUGGAAGCAUACAGUCGGUGUGCCCUGGAGCUGGAGGAGUCGCUGGAGGCUUCAACCUCUCAGAUGAUGAACUUGAAUUUGUAACAAGAGUUCGUUCCUGGAGGUAACCAGCAGUGUUUGUAGCUGUCCAAGAGCUGCGAGUCCUGCAGAGGGGCACUCAGUAGGCUGGUGGAGACCCUCACAAAGCCUUGGGAUGCAGCCUCGGCUCUCUGAGCACAAUAUGAGUCUGGAAGAUGCUGGACAAGGUGGUACUCAGAGUACUCUGCUGCUGUGGACAGCUGAGCCAAGUUCGUUUGUGGAAAGCAGCGGUGGGCUGAGGCGAUGUGGCUCCGAAGGCGGGGUAGUUCCACCCCGUGUUCCCAGUCCCGGUGACCCGCACAGCCCUGCAGAAGCCGUGGGGGUGGGGUACGGGGAAUACUUUUCUCAGGAUAUGGCUUUUUAGCCAGAAGAUUUGGGGAUACUUGGAGGGUCUGCUAAAAUGAGCCUCAGAGGGAAAAUCAGUUCUCUAACCUGUGACCUUUUGACAUGAAUAUUCCUUUUAUUGUUUAUUUUUCAAAGAAACAAUUUUGAAGUUCCUAAAUCUCAGUUUUGAUAAUUUACAAAUAUUUUCUUUCUUUUGUAAAUAAACAUAUUGCGAAUGUGGUUUCUCAGAGGCCAGAAGGAUAGAAGUUUACUUUCAUAUUUUCCUGUAAGUAAGAGGGCUUAUUUAUUUUGAAUAAAGAGUGAUUAUUUAAUUUCA